ACGUGCCACCGCCGAUUGAGUCGCCGCCUCCACCGCCGAUUGAGUCGCCGCCUCCAGAGAGAAGUUUUUCCAAAUUGAAGCUCUUGAAAUCUUACUUACGCUCUACAAUGUCCCAAGAUAGACUUAGUGGAUUGGUGGUAAUAGCUAUCGAGAAUGAAAUCUUAGAGAGCAUAGACUGUGAAGAUGUGAUCAACCAAUUUGCUCUCAAGAAUGCAAGGAGAACUUUUCGAAUCCUCGGCUAGCUUUUACGGUAUCACCACAAAUUGCCAAACUGCCAGCCAGAUUCCCCAAUCCGAGAUGCCAUACACAUCAGGUGAUCCCUGCUCGCCGUCGGCUUCCGGCGAGGGUAACCUGAACAAAUGCAGUCAGCUAUAUGAAGCCUUAACGAAUUGCCACCGCCGGAUCCGGGGUGGUCUGGACCGGGAGAUAGCAUGCCGCCAUUUGAAUCGGUCUCUGGCACAGUGUCUUGUGGCGGAGGUCUGUCCUGAUGAGUCUGAUGCCGUUCACUGCCUCUGCUCGAGUGGCGGCACUUCCAUCAAGCGCCAACAGUGCCGUGAAGCCCAGGUCGCUCUCUCCGUCUGCCUAGCCUCUCAUCAGUCCCCACCUUGAAAUCCAUUUUAUAUCCCUGUAAACCACCUGUAUUUUCACAGUUUGUCCCUCACUCGAGUUCUGUAUUACACUAGACAUUGGGUUUCUGUAAAAAAAACAAAUAACAAAGUUUUUCCUUUUUCUUCUAUUCAAGAAAAUGUGAAAGUGGGU